AUGGCCACCCGGCCUUCGUCUGAGGUCAUUGAUCUCACAGAGGACGACGACAUGGAAAACGAGCUGGAGAUCCUCCGGAGCACGCACACGCCGCGCAAUCCACCACUCUCCCGCGCACGCAACCCCAUGCAGUACUUUGCCACCAUCUACCGCGAGGGUGACGCCGUGUCUGCGUCGGCCAGCUUCACGGCACCGUCACCGCAGGCUGCAGCGGCGGCUGCGCCGUCACAGCCGCCGUCCUCGCGAUCCACACAUUCGUCACCCUUUGCAUCCACCCUGGGCUUCGGGCACUUCUUUGGACGCCAGCACCGCGGGAACUCGCCCGUCAGUCGGGAGCAGGCCGCAGCCGCCGCACAGGGCAGCGCGUCGCCGCCGCCGGCUCGUCCGGGCAGCCAGCAGUCGGAGUCAUUAUAUGGCCGGCCCUCACCCGGCCUUCACCGGCCGCCGUCAGGACAGGGAGGGCAGGCAUCUUCGCCGCGACCGUAUGCUCAGCCCUCGCAGUCGGAGCCGGCGUCUGUUUCUAGUCCGUCGGGUGCAACAAGACCGGCGGCUGCGAGUUCUUCGGACUAUAUGCUGAACCAAACCAGCCAGGCACAACCAGCUCGGUCCGGCUCCGGAAACUCGCCCACAACGUCCACAACGUCCACAACGCCCAAACCUGCCGCCGCACAGACCAGCCAGGCCUCACCAACCCUGCCGUCACAGUCGUGGAUGGGUCGCUCGUCUCCGGUGAUAAACAACAAGCAGCCAUCCACGUCAGCACGCACUGCGUCGCCCCAACAGGCGUUCGCGGCUCGCUCGCAGUUUGGACACGGGCUAUCGCCCUAUCCGAGGCAGGCCUCGUCCUCGCAGCAGUUUACGGACACGCAGCAGCACGAGCUCCGACUGCAGGCACGACAGCAGGAAGAGCAGCGUCAGCAGGAGCAACGUCAGCAGGAGCAGCGGCAGCAGGAGCAGCGGCAGCAGGAGCAGCAGCGGCAACGUCUGCUCGACCAACAGCGCCGACAGGAGCAGCAACAGCAAUCCGAGCAGAAAGAGCAACCGGGGUGGCGGGUUAUGCUGCAGCACCUCAACGAGCAGAACCACCACCGGUACCUGCUAGAGAAGCAGCGCAAAAGUGACGAGCUACGCCAGCAAAACGAGCAACGCCAGCAACGCCAGGAAGAGCACGAACGCCUACAGCGCCAGCAUCUAGCACAUGCCCACGCCCAUGCCCAGGCCCACCAAGCCCAGACCCAACAGCAUCAACAACAGCAGCAGCAGCAGCAGCAGCAGCAGCAGCAGCAGCAACAGCAACAGCAACAACAGCAGCAGCAACAGCAGCAACAGCAACAGCAACAACAACAGCAACAACAGCAACAGCAGCGCAGCAGCGUCCAUCAAUCAGCCUCAACCGGCCACCUCUCAUACAGCUUGAGCUCCGGCGCCCGGUCACCGGCCCAGCACUCACCCCAGCAUUCUCCACAACUCCAUCCGUCCACCUCCAGCCCACAUUGGUCGUCAACGCUGCUGUCUACCUCCGGUGGGCCCCCGUCCUCGCUGCGGCCGAGCCAGUCACAUCCUCUGCCCAACCCUGCCGCCUACCGCUCAUCUGCUGCUGGCGGCCAUGCCUGGCAGACUGCCCUCUCACAGUUCCAGACACCCCAUCGCCGCAACUCACCGCUGCUCAGAAACUCGCCCCCAAGCCAGACACUGCCUCCGGUGCAGACCAAGUCACCGCCUCACCCGUAUGGAAACCCGCAACCACGGCGGCACUUGCAUACUGCACGGCCGCAACCAAGCCAAGAGUCGUCGGCCAGUGCCACAAGUCAAUUACCUGGCCAGCCGUCUACGGCAGCACAGACCUCACGGGCGCAAUCCCCUCGCCGUUCAUGGGAACCUAUCCGGUUCAACCGACCCUUGGCCGCCCAUCCGCCUGCCCCUGCGACCGAGUCUCUUCCUUCUCACCAGCAGCCCGCCGCCUCCGCCUCGUCUGGAACGGCAGCUCGGAAAAUCUCGGCACAAUCACCACCCCCCGUUGCGUCGUCGUCCCCUGUAUCUGUCUCGUCCGGAUCUUCGUCGCCUCGCGCCGGAUCGGCCGCUGCAAAAAGAGACAACAACAGCAACAGCAACAGCAACAGCAACAGCAACAGCAACAACAACAGCAACAGCAAAAACAACGACAACAACAACAACAACAACAACAACAACAACAACAAGAACAACAACAACAACAACAACACCAACACCAACACCGGCGGCAAUCGUAAUAUCCUUAAUAUUAAUCAUCUGCGACCGCGCUUGUCGACACAAAUAGAGCAUCUACCGGAUCGCCUUCGUCUUGGCACGGGCCUGUACCCCUCCAAACCCAUUUCCCUCUCGGCCUCACCAACAAACCCCCCAGCGCCCUUAUCACCACCCCCCGCCUCGUCGCUUCCUGAGCCGCAUGCUCGUAAUCAGGAUAAAUCGGCCCCGCUCAGGACCCCGCCACGAGACCAGCAUCCUCAGAUCAAUUUGCCCGGGGACGUUGCACGUCAGCAUGAAGCGCGGCCAGACGCCCCUACUGCCACGUUGCAGGACGUGACACAACAGGACGCGGCACUCCAAGGCAGGCUGCUCCAAGCAGAAGCGAGGCGUGCCACCGACAAUCUUGCUCUCUCCCCCGAAGCACGCAGAGCUGAGAUUCGGCGCGCAGAGGCCCAGCAGGUCGAGGUCCUUCAAGCCGCAGCACUGCGAGCCGAUGCCAUCCAAGCCGAAGCCCUGCUUGCAGAAGCCCGCCGUGCCGAGGCUCUGCAAGCUGCCGAAGCCCAACGCGUGGACGCAAUGAAGAUUGACGCCGUCCAGGACGAGGUUCUACUCUCCGAAGCGUCGCCCAACAAAGCUGUGUCGGUACAGUCGCCUGGUCAGACCCCUUCGGUAAAGACCACACCCUCCAAGAAGGGGACGUCCACGUCCGCGACCGAUGCGUGCUCCGCCCCCUCUCCUACCAAGACACCAACCAGGCCUCAGCCGGACUGGACAGUGGCCGAAAUCAUGGCAUCGCUCGAAACGUUCCUCGACUCGCUUCUCGUCGACCACGGACGGGACGUGGAGUACGCCAUUGACAUGGCCAAGCCCAGAGCCCAGACCGUGGUUAGUAGUUUUGACGACUUUGCCGAUCUUCCGGUGCAAAACAUUGAUGCGAGCGACGAUAUAGACGACCGUGUCCUGCUGCGCGGCAAGCUGCACCGCGACAAUCAACGUCGGCCCGAGGCACGCACCAUCCAUGCCCGAGUUGUCCCGCUCAAGACACCCGGCAAGGCUGUGCCCAAGUACCGCUUCCAUCACGUCGAGAUUGCCAAGAACAUCCUGUCGCCCAACACCCCUCUCAAGUUUAUUCCUCAUCUUAGAGAUUUUGAAGACAACUCGGAAGAGAAGCGGCGACACGACCAGUGGAUAGAGGAGCUGGAGAGCAUGGAACGCAAGUCCGGCUUCGACUCGUCCAAGCUCUUCCAAAAAGGCGACACGACACGCAAGUCCGAAUUUACCAAGCUGCUGUCCGACUACCUUGACCACUGGAUCGCUCGACUGGGAAUCGACAACUGCAGCAAAACCUCGCUCAUCCGAUACAUGGCGAACGAGGCGCAAAACGACCAGACGAUCACGCCCCAGCAGAAGAACAGCCUGCUCAGCUCGUGCGGCGAAGACUCGGCCACACCGCGCGCCGCCGUCGUGGCCAGCAUGCUGACGGAGGCGUUCAACCGUGUCUUCAAGAGCCGCGACGUGACCCUCUACGACGUGCUCAAGCAGGACGAGGCCGUCGAAAACGUCUUUGAUCCCAAGAAGGCGACCAAGAGCAAGGACCAGGACAAGGAGCCGUCCCUCGAGCAGAUCCAGCAGUAUCUCGGCACCUACACCUCACUCAAGUGCAUGAUCUGCAACACCCAUUCGUGUGAGCACGGCGAGUUUGACGCCGAAAACGUCCGCCGGUGCUUUUCUAUUGACGAUCUUGGCGGCAAACUCUGGAAACAUGUCGAACGCCGCCGUGACCGCCAGACCCGAGAACUGCGCCAGCUGCACGCACACCAACAAAAGGCUCUGGGUGCUACCAGCGGCAACAGCAACUUGAACGGCGCAAACGGCAGCGGUGAAUUCGGUGCCGGCGCGAGCAAGCAUGGUACCAACAACUUGGCACCCGUCGCCAACUCUCCGCCCUGCCGCAACAAAUGCUACCGCAGCUAUGACAUUGGCGACGCCGCAUUCGUUACGCGCGAGUGGACUGAGAAUGAGACGAACCUGCUUCGCAGCUUCCACCUCACUUUUGCCAACAGCACAGGCAAGGUCCCCUGCGCUCUCUGUCCGAUGAUGGGCCGCCACUGUUGGGAGGUGUACCGCCGCAUGAAAGAACUGGGCCUCUCUAUUGCGCUUCGCCCAGAGACGCCUUCGGAGGCGACAGAGCCGACGCCCGUGCCAGUUAAGCCAGUCGCAUGGUACGACCGCCACCGCAAGGUCUUGAAUGGCGACUGGUCCGACCACACGCACACGCACUUGUAUGCGCUGCGCGAACAGCGCGAGCCGUGCAACCACGACGGUCCCUGCACGUCCGCACGCGGCUGCCCCUGCGUGGAGGCUAAGCUUCUUUGCGAACGGUUCUGCCGCUGCACGGCCGAGUGCUGUGCGUUUAAGUUUACCGGCUGCGCCUGCCACGGAUCUGGCAAGACAUGCUACCAGCGCCAAAAGGAGGGCAAGCCGUGCAUCUGCGUCCAGCUGAACCGCGAGUGCGACCCGGUUCUCUGUGGCAGCUGUGGCGCCCGCGAGCGUGCCGACCCGGAGAACCGCGACGACGACGAGCUGCACGCGACGGGCUGCCAGAACGUGUCGCUCCAGCGUGGCAAGUCCAAGGCGGUCGUGCUGGGCCAGUCGCAGCUGCAGGGCUGCGGGUAUGGCCUCUUCACGGCAGAAGACAUUGGCGCCGACGAGUUCAUUAUCGAGUACGUCGGCGAGUUGAUCACACACGACGAGGGUGUGCGGCGUGAAGCGCGCCGUGGCGACUUCUUCGACCAAGGCGCCAACGCGUCGUACCUCUUUACGCUGCUUGAGCAGGACGGCAUAUGGGUCGACGCGGCCAUCUACGGCAACCUGUCGCGGUACAUCAACCAUGCGUCUGAGAGCGACAAGCGUGGCUGCAACAUCACACCCAAAAUUCUCUACGUCAACGGCGAGUUCCGCAUCCGGUUCUCGGCCAUGCGUGACAUCAAGGCGGGCGAAGAACUUUUCUUUAACUACGGAGAAAACUUCCCCAAUUUGACAAAGAAACUGCUCGAGGACAAGGCGUCGGCCAGCGACGACGACGCCAUGGCCAAUGCUGGCAAGAGCCGACGAAGCGGCGCAGCACAACGCCAGGCCAGCCACUACAACAACAGCCGUCGAAAGGGCCAGCAGGCCAUGCGCAGUCGUGCGCCUACAAAGAGUGUGCAGACUGGGCCUAGCAACAGUCGCAGCGGUGGCAACGGUAAGAACAUCCGCAGCAACGACAGUUCUCACCUCCCGCGUCGCUCGCGGCCCAAAGGCGGUGCACGGAAAGAGGCCCCGCCACCCCGCCGCGCCGAGACAGACGACCUUUCUGCGGAUGACGAUGGCGACGAUGACAACGACGAUGCCGACCACAUGGACAUUGACAGUGGCAACGGUUCACAACGCGCGUCGGUUCGAAACAGAUCGACCAAGUCUGCUUCGCUGAAGCGGAAGCGGCGCAACACCAUCGUUGACGACGACGAUGGCGACGACGAGAGCGAUGGCGGUCACAGGGGCAAGGUUGGAUCAGACGAUGAACAGCUCGCCGAAGAAUCCCGCCGCACCGGGCGCAGCAGCCGCCGACGCCCUGGUGCCACUACGACAACAUCCUCGGCAGCGGCUACCGCUACAGCGGGCAUGGGCGCCAUCGCCACGGAAUCGGCUGCUCUGCCCGAAACGCCACGACGUCUUAGAGCCCGUCUCGGCACCCAACGAGCAGCCAGCCGGGAGAGGAGCGACCACGGGACCAGCCACGAUGACCAUGCUGCCGACGAGGACGGAAGACACGGAGGCGGUGCUGCUGACUCACCGCGGACGCGGAAUCGCCGCACAGCGAUGCGCUUCGGCAACGGCGGGGCCGCGUUCACGGAUGGGGAUAACGACACCGACCAACAGCCGCUUAAGAAGCGGCCACGCGUCGGCUCUCGGCGUGGUGACACAGCCACGUCCAAUGCCGCCGCACAGCACAACAAUACGGACAGCGACAACAUGGUUGUCGACUCGGACGAGUCGAUUCCGGCGCGCUCCCUGCGGAACAGGCGGCCUUGGCAACAACAGCCGCGACUGACAGAACUGUCGACGGCAGACCUGCCGGACCGGCGUGCGCACAGCGAUGGCGGCGAUGGCGGCGAUGGCGAGGGGGACGAAGGCGGCACCAGCGCGCCCGCAUCGGCUGUGGUGGCGCUCGGCACGACCGACGAUGACCAGGGCAGUGUGACUUCCGCAAGCCAGUCUUACGGGCCAAAUCAUCAGAGCACGCCAGGCAGGGCUGCCCGUACUGCUGCUACUGCGCCUGCCACUACGACCCCAACCACAUCAUCGACAGUCAACACGCGCCGCCGUAACGUUGUGCCCGAUUCCGACGACGAUGUGGACGUGUCCAACAUCACGUCGAGCCGCGCCAGCCGUAGCGGAAUGCGCAGCGCGUCCAGACCGUCGUCCUUGGGCCAGCCCGCGGCGGCCGCUUCGCAUGCCGCCCCGACGACGUCCCGUGUUGCCACGCCCCUGUCGCGACCACACACGCCCAAGGUCAACGACAAGGCGGAUGCCGGCGGCGGCACGAGCACCGGCCACCUUGGCCAGACCGGCAGCAUCCGGCGAAGCCUGCGGAGCAAUGACGACGCGUCUCGACCGGGCUCGUCCGGCUCAGGAGUUGUGCCGGCGCCCACAUCCGCACCGGCCGCGCAGUCGACGCCGAUCAACACGCGCUUCCGGUCUGGUGGCGAAGACGACAGUGGAGGCAGUUCAGUUGAGCGCAGCCAGCGCAAGCGGCAGAUGCCGGCCCGGUACCGCACGGAGGAUGGACUGUAG